AUGGCAUAUCAAGCAGCUUCUAGUCUUUUGUGUUUAUCAAAUGCAAUGCCCAUGAUUCAACAACAACAACAACAACAACAGCAGCCAGUACAUCAAAAUAAAAAGCGUCUCAUUGCAGCUGUUGACAAAGCAAAUACACCUCGCCCGUACAAAUGUCCCAUGUGCCCUAAAUCUUUCUAUCGUCUUGAACAUCAAACUCGCCAUAUCAGAACGCACACUGGCGAAAAGCCUCACAAAUGUACAUUUCCUGGCUGUGAAAAGCGUUUCUCUCGUUCUGAUGAACUGACUCGUCAUGUCCGCAUUCACACUUCACCAAACAAGCGUAGAGAACGCCGACAAAAUAAGACAUCCAAGCGUGCUCGUGCUGCUGCUGCUGCUGCUGCUUCCUCUGCGCCCACUGCCUCAAUGCCUCCCUCUCCUGCUUUGUCUACUGCAAGCUCAAACUUCAAUGACAUUCAACAUCACUCGGAUUCCGAUGCCGAAUUCCUCUUUACUCCAGAGACAUCUCCUCAAAUGUCUCCUCGUAUUCUAUCAAAUGCUCCCCAUAUGCAAAAGUUGGCUCCUCUUGAAUGUAAAUUACUUGAUCCUGUCUUUGCAAGACCUUCUCCCAAAGCCUCUAAUGUUUCUCCUGCUGCCGUCGAUUCCGCUGUAACUGCUGCAAAUCUAUUAGAUCUCUUGGACCGACCUCCUCAAGCUCGUGUCUUGCCUCCCAUUAUGAUGAAUCCAUAUGCAUAUGUCGACAAGUCUCUUCCAUCUCUUCAUUCAGUUUUAUUCUAA